AUGCCCGUCGUCGAUAUCACCUCCAAAGCUCAAUUCGACGAGCUCAUCAAAACCACCCCGUACGUCGCCCUCCAGGCGCACGCCUCCUGGUGCGGCCCCUGCAAGGCCAUCUCCCCCUUCUUCAGCAAGCACGCCGACGCCCACGGCAGCGACAAGUACGCCUUUGCGCGCUUCGACACCGACGACGUCGCCGACCUGGCCAUGGAGCUCGGCAUCCGCAGCAUCCCCGCCUUCUUCUUCUUCGAGAACGGCGAGAAGACGGAGAACCUGACCGGCGCGAACCCGACUGCGCUGAGCAAGCUGACGGAGAGUUUUAGCCAGAAGGCCAAGGGCGGCGAGCAGCUUUCUACCAACGAGGACUUUUAAAUAAGGAAAAGAAAAGAAAAAUACAC